AUGCAUAAACCUCUCUUAAACCCUACUGUUAAUAUUCCUACUUCUUCACUGCAACACUGCCUGCCAGUCUGCCAUGAGAUCUCAGGCGAAGAGCUUUUAAGAUCAGAGAUGGCUACCACAGACAUCAAUGAAGCUCGUCGUCGCAACUAUCUCAUAAAUCUUGACUCACAAAUGGUGUACAAGAUAAUCUCCGACGACCCAAUCGGCAGAGAUUCCGGCAACAUUCCCGUCUACAAAGUAACCCACUCCGCCCUCCAUGGCACAAAGGUUACUUUUAAUCCCCACGACUUUCUUUGCGUGAAGAAGGCGAAUCUCCGCCGCCGUGAAACCAAUUCUUCAACAACGCCGCCAUUGGACGAAGAAAUCUCUACAAGAAACAAUGCUUUGCCUCAUCAUCACAAGAACUUGAUGCCGGUGGAUGCCCAUUUCGUCGACAAGCUAAGUGAGGAUCUCUGCGUUGUGAUGCCGUUCCCGGAGCGGGGCUCGCUCCGGUCAAUCAUGGCCGACGAAUUCCCGUAUGGGUUCCCGGAAGUGUUCAUCUCCGUGGCCCUGAGAUCGGUUCUCAAGGCCCUCCGGUUCCUCCACGGCGCCGAGAUCCUCCACGGAGACGUCAACGCCGGCCACGUUUACGUGAAGAGCGGCCCUAAAAUCAUGCUGGGUUUCGCCGCCACGGUCUACGAACACCAAGUCUCCAAUGUGGAAUGUUCGUCUCACUCGGCGUUGCCGGCGACCCAGAUUUCGACUUGGGCCGCCGCGCCGGAGGUGUACGAUGGUGGGAAUGGGAAUAAGGCUGCAGACAUUUGGCUGGUGGGGAUCACCGCCAUGGAAUUGGCUUAUGGGGGAAUCAGAGUUCCGAAUCGCGAAGCGCUUGAGGUUCUGAUCAGGGGAAUAAUUGAAACCAAAAGGCUUCCCAAGAAUUACCAGUUAGAAGAAGAAGGAGAAGAAAAAAGGUCAUUUUCCAGGGAGUUUGAGAAGAUGGUGGCAGAAUGUGUGGCGUGGAACCCUGCGGAUAGGCCCUCUGCUUGUACCCUUCUGAAACAUGAGUUUUUCAGCAGGAGGAUUAGGGGGUUGAAGAGGUCCACCUUCAAAUCACACUUUCAACAAGUUGUGAUUGAUGAAAAGAUAGAGAACUCCAAUACCAACUCCUCGUCCCGGUCACCGUCACCGUCCUCGUCCUCUCUGGGUUUCUGGUCCUCUCCAGAUGUUAACAAGAGGAGGGUGAAAUCUCACAUUUCAAUCCCUGGCCGGCCUGAAAGCUUUGAUAAUGUGUUUGAUGAUGAACCACUUAAUCUCAACUUCAAUUUCCCCAGCAGUCUACAAUUUUACAAUGAUAUCAUUAAAGAAGUAUCACCGAAGUUGCGGUUUUACAAGACGCCCAAGAGAAAAUUGUUUGACGAUGAUCUACCAGCAGGCCUCCAUGAAGAAUUAAUUGAUGAAUAUAUAGGGGGUGAUGAAUGGAAGCUAACACUCGGCCGGAAAAACAAAAAAGUUACGUUGAAGAAGAAGAAAGAUGAGAUCAAAGAAGAUAAGUAGCGCUGAAUUGAAGCUUCCAAUCAGACCCUAAAGCUAGGAA